CAGCACCAUGUGGAGCUGAGCUGCACCUUUCUCUCUUUUUUUUACGCUUUAAACUCUCUUUUUUUCCCCAGACAUCAUCAGCUCUGGUUCAUUUCAGAGCGCGUCCCAGGAGCGCGCAGAGCGGCGCACAUUUGGAGACAAGAAAAAAAAAAAAAGCAAUCAGUGCUCAGUGCAGCGCAGGCAGGUCUUUGCUCUUUUAAAAAGCAGCAGGGAGACGGCUGGCUGUCGGAGAGUUGGCGCGGUCGGUGUAGGAGCGAAGACGGGAAAGCUGGUGGGAGGAAAGCAAGAAUAAAAAAGCCCAGCGGAAUAAAGAGAGAGAACUUGGAUAUGGCUGCUGUGAAGACGCUCAACCUUCUCGCUGGAGUUGUUUCAUUGUUGCUCUGUGUGUGGAAUAUCCGAGCGGACAUCGGUGACGGGGUCUCUUAUUCGUAUGUGUUGGAGCGGGAUGGAGAUGAGGGAGCAGCAGUGGACGUAAGGCUUUACAGUCACCGAUGGAGGAGGUGGCUUCCCCCAAAACCUCGCAACAUGGACAGCAACAGAGCUAGCCAGGAGCAGGAACAGGAGCCAGAGCCGGAGGAGCUUGACGGUUUCCCCGGCCUGCUGUCUGCAGAGGACACAGACAACAGCUCCCAGAUUGAGGAGGACAUGGAUCACAACUACUACACAUCAAAAACAUACGGUCCGUCAGAUCCUAUGAGCAAAGACUUGUGGGUAAAUAUUGACCAGAUGGAGAAGGACAAAGUGAAGAUCCAUGGGAUUCUGUCUAACACACACAGACAGGCAGCGAGAGUUAAUCUGUCCUUCGAUUUCCCGUUUUAUGGACAUCUCUUGCGUGAAAUCACUGUAGCAACUGGUGGUUUCAUUUAUACUGGAGAUGUCGUCCAUCGGAUGCUCACAGCAACACAGUACAUCGCUCCUCUGAUGGCCAACUUUGACCCAAGUGUCUCCAGAAACUCUACUGUUAUCUAUUUUGACAAUGGCACUGCUCUGGUGGUGCAGUGGGACCACGUCCACCUGCAGGACAACUAUAACUUAGGCAGCUUCACCUUCCAGGCCACGCUGCACAACACAGGAAGGAUUGUCUUUGCAUACAAAGAGCUCCCCGUCGAGAUAUCACAAAUCAGUUCUGUCAAUCACCCGGUGAAGGUGGGCUUGUCUGACGCCUUUGUGGUGGUCCACAAGAUCCAGCAAAUACCCAACGUAAGACGGAGGACGAUUUAUGAGUAUCACCGUGUGGAGCUUACGAAGACGAGGAUCACCAAUUCUUCCGCUGUGGAAAUCAUGCCUUUACCCACCUGUCUCCAGUUCACCAGCUGUAGUACCUGCAUCUCCUCUCAGAUUAACUUCAACUGCAGCUGGUGUCAUCGGCUCAACAGAUGCUCCAGCGGCUUUGACCGCCAUCGACAGGACUGGGUGGAUAACAGCUGCCCAGAUGAGACCAAAGACAAGAUGUGCGACAUAGACGACACUACGCAACUGUACACCUUCACCACCACUAUCACUGCCAGAACAGCAUCGAGAAGUAAAGGAAGCACAGCAGGCUGGGGCACACCUUCCACCUCUCAUCCUCCCACCAGCGCUCCUACUGAAGAUGAUACCAAGAUUGCACUGCAUCUCAGAGACAACCAAGUAAUGCCAGCUGACAGCGCCGUCAACAGGGUGCCAGGCACGCAUCCUCUGCACACCGGUCUGAUCUUGGGCAUCCUACUGGUGAUGCUCGUCAUGAUUGCCGGCGUUCUGAUCACGGUCUACAUGUACCAUCACCCAACCUCUGCUGCCAGCCUCUUUCUCAUUGAGAGACGUCCAAGCAGGUGGCCGGCCAUGAAAUUUCGCCGGGGUUCGGGUCAUCCCGCGUACGCUGAGGUGGAGCCGGUGGGUCAUGAGAAGGAGGGCUUCAUCGAGUCAGAGCAGUGCUGAGGUAGGAGGUGAGGCAUUCUCAUCUCCACCUGAUGCCUCCCUGUCAACCCUUCCUGCUUCACCAGGAGCCUCUCACCCAGAACCUCCACGAUCAACCUAUCGGUUUAGGAGCUUUGGUAAAACUCUGAAUUUGGCCCUUUAGAGCUAGAUGAAACCCACUGAACAGCUCCUGUUGGUGAGGAACAGACUUGCAGGGGGGAUGGGACAGCACUGAGACAUCAUCAGUUCAGCUGGCAUUGAUGAGGAUUUCUGGCUGCUGUCAUGAUGCCAGGGAGGGACUGGACUCACUGGUUGUUUUUGUCCAAGCAGGAAGCAGGGUGACUUAUACAAUAUAUAUUUUCAGAACCAAUAUAGAGCAAGUGAACAGAGACUUCCACUUGAUUGUCAGUGGUGUUAUAAGCCUUUGUAUAUCCAUCUGGUUUAUACUAGUUUUCCUUUUCGUUCCUUUUUUUUUUUUUUGCAAUUAUCAGUAUGAUAGGGUUGAUACGUUUCUCUGUUGGUAUUGCUUUUCAAUACCACAGCACAGCAGAUGUAAUUGACUUUUCCACAGCCUGCUCUGCUGUGCGACGUGACAUGAGCUGAACAGUCAUUGAGAUCAAUCAGAGCUCUGAACAUUCAGCUGCUUUUUUUAUGGGUUAGGUUAUGAUGAUAAGCUGGGGAGACUUGGUGGGUUUUUUGUUUUAUUUUGUUUUCAUGGGUGAUGGGAACAUUUCUUUUGUGUUUUUAUAUUCAUUAAGGCCAUGCCCUUUUGUCCCUGACUGGAAUUUGCACAGUUUUUUUUUCUUUCAUUUUCAUGCACAUUUUUAGAUCUUGCAGAUUUACAAGACAGGUGCUUGUGAGUGUGAAUAUAUUUUCUGAAGUGUCAGUGAUUUGUGUGUGUGAAUACAGAGGAGUAGUUAACAGCACUGAUGGGAUAUCUGCUUAUUUUAUGGGGUUUUAUGUGUGAGCUGGCUCUGUACAGGUGACACUUACAUUUAGAGGUACAGACGAUGUGCAGUCAGGUCUUUACAUACAGUCAUCAUGAUAAUGAAUGACAUAUAUUUUAAAUUCUAACCUUUUACUAGAUUGUACAUAAAACUUCAUUUAUUUUUAAAAACAACAAUUGGGCAUAGAAAUUUUAAUCUUGUAGAUUUUCUUUGAUCCACAGUAGUAUUUGGUUAGCCACUCUCUGAUCAUUAGGGUUAAGAAACUACAUCAGUUCUAAAGCUUCAUUUUGGUUCUCCCAAAAAUUCCACAGCUUUGCCUAAUUUCAAUUUAUUGCAGGUUUUCUUGAAUCCUUACAGUCAAAAUUAUGCACAAUCUGCCUCACUAAUCUUUGAUUAAAUGUGGUUGUACCUUGAUUGCAGGCUUUUUGUAGCUCUCACCAACAUUGUGGUAUGACACUGACUUCAUGCUUAGCCACUCGUCUUAAGUGCAAAAUACUCCACAAAAUCUUAUUCCCGAGGGUUCGGGUUAUCUUAAAGUUAACCUGCUUUAUUUACUCCAAAAUCCCAGGUUAUAUAUGGGAUUAUUGUUCAUUUAAACUCAUAUUUGUGAUGACAUUUAACUGUUAAAAGUCUAACUUCUGAUUGGAAGUGAAUGAUAAGUCUUCUUUUUAACACAGUCAAAUAACACUUGUUUGAUGAUCCUAAAAUCUGAAAUACCCCAGUUUGUGUAAAUAUGCAUUUACUCUUGUAGAUAUUCGGUAAGUUCCUUGCGCUUUUCCAAUGUUCUGAGUAUUGGUCAAUCGAAUGUGUGACACCAAAUCUGUUUUAUCCUAGAAAAAAAAGAACUACCAGAUAUCAUCGAUCACAAUCACCAAUGAGAAAGUAGUGGUACCUUCAGCAUUACAUGUUUAACAAUUUAGGUGAAUGCAAGCACAUGUUUGAGCCUGUGUGUGAAUAAUUUUGACUGUGUGGAGUGAGAAAAUCCACACCAACUUCCAGCGAAAUUAUGUUUAGAACAUUGUUAAAGUAAUUCUAGUAAUGUGAUGAAUGUAUGUAAACAUCUGGCUGUAACUUUCUGAAAACAAAUGUCACUGAUUGGAGUUUUAUUGAAUUUAAAGGACUGUUUCCUUUUCUAGUUUUACACCAGGAAAUAACCAGUUCUGUAUGACUUUAACAGUUUAUCCUUGUGAACAUAAUAAUGUAUAUACCAAACCAAAACAUUUGCAGAUUCAGGUAACUCAUGGCAAACAUUUAUAUAGCAGUGAUGGUACUGAGAGACAUUUUUUUAUUUUUUAUGAGUGGCCUUUUUUCCUCUACUUUUUUACUUAAAUGUGAACACUGUUGUGUUUUUCUUGCUGUCACAGAUCAAUACGCAAUGUAAACAUAAAUUUUUGCUGAUUACACGAAUGAAUGUGGACUUGUUGUUGAGACAGACGCUCAAGAUCAAUAUACUGAAAUUCUGAUUGCGAAACAAAAAAGUGCAAUGUUCCAUCUGUUCAGGACACAAAAAAUGCAUAAACUUUC